AGGUGGGAAGUCAGACUGUGACGUGACUUACACAGCCUUACACACUUUAGGAGCUUGUGUCUUCGAUACACGCCGAAGCUUUACAGAUCUUGUCGGUUUGUCUGUAAUCUUGGUUUUGUUGCUCUGUGGCAAAAUGUGUUCUUCAUAAAAUCUAAAGCUAAAGACAUUACAAUGCUUGCUGAACUGGCCCAUCACUAACAUCAGCAACUUCUGUCAACAGAAAAGCAAAUAUGGGGAACUGUGGCUCUUUUGAUCCUGAUGACGAAUUCUCCUACCAUCCAGAUGAAUGGUGCGAUCAAUGUAACUGCCCAAAGCCUCCAGGCAGUCAGAACUAUGAUCCUCUGAUUCCUUAUCCAUCCCAGUACACACCUCCACCAUCAUCUCCUCUUCCAGAGAACCUGGUGGUAGCCUUAUACAAAUAUGAGCCGUGCCACAGCGAUGACCUUGGGUUUGAAAAAGGGGAGAAGCUAAAGAUCCUAAAUGCCGAUGAUCCUGAAUGGUUCAUGGCGGAGUCUCUGUUUACCGGGCAGAGGGGAUACAUACCACAGAAUUUUGUAGGAAAACUGAACAGCAUGGAGAUAGAACCGUGGUUUUUUAAAAACCUUUCCAGGAACGACGCCAUGAGGCUAUUACUGGCCCCCGGUAAUACACAGGGCUCCUUCCUCAUUAGAGAGAGUGAGACCUCACCAGUUAUAGGGCUGUAUAACAACAACCGUCGAGUGGCUAUCAAGAAUCUCAAGACAGGUACCAUGUCCAUCAGUGCUUUCCUGGCUGAGGCGAACCUGAUGAAGACCCUGCAGCACCCUCGACUAGUGCGACUUUUCGCUGUGGUUACGCAGGAGCCCAUUUACAUCAUCACUGAGUUCAUGGAGAACGGUAGCCUGGUGGAUUUUUUGAAGACUCCAGAAGGAUGUGCUAUACCCAUCAAUAUGCUGAUCGAUAUGGCUGCUCAGGUCGCAGAUGGAAUGGCUUACAUAGAGCAGAAGAAUUACAUCCACAGAGAUCUGAGAGCUGCCAACAUUUUGGUGUCUGAUGAGCUCGUCUGCAAGAUUGCUGACUUCGGCCUCGCCCGUCUAAUUGAAAAUAACGAAUACACUGCCAGAGAAGGUGCAAAGUUUCCUAUCAAAUGGACGGCACCUGAGGCCAUAAACUACGGCACCUUUUCGAUCAAAUCAGAUGUCUGGUCGUUUGGAGUACUGCUGACAGAGAUUGUUACCUAUGGAAGAAUCCCAUAUCCAGGAAUGACAAACCCAGAGGUGAUUGCAAACCUUGAGAGAGGCUACCGCAUGCCUUGCCCUGAUAACUGCCCCGAGGACUUGUAUGAUAUCAUGAAACACUGUUGGACAGAGAACCCAGACAAUCGACCCACAUUUGAGUAUCUGCGCAGUGUUCUAGAGGACUUUUUCACCGCCACAGAGAGACAGUACCAGGAGCAGCCCUGCUGAAAAGAUUUAUCUUAGUAAACUUACAGUCCACGGGGUCACAUUAAAGACUUGUAUUGAAAAAUAUUCCAAAAUACAGUUUUUAGUUAAAAGAAAAACUGAUUUUAUGUCUUCUAAUUAAAAUGUUUUCAAUAAUCAUGAUUAAGUUCAAACAUGGAUUUGGCCUUAGCUUUGUCCACAGAAUUUAUUAUGUGUAAAACAGGUGCAUGUAUAGUUUUUUAGCAGAUGGAAAAUAUUUUUUUUUAAAUGACAAACUCAACAGGAAAAUCUUUGGCUACAGGUGUGCUCUCAAUGAAUGAGUGAACGCCCUGCUUUGUGUUCUUCCUUUGAGCUUUUAUUAUUUCUUCUUUCUGCUCUCAGAUUUGUGUUUAU